AUGUCCAAAGCUUCUGCAGCAAAUAUUGCCUGUGGAAUUCUGGCUUUGCUGGUCUUCGUAAUCAAACUGGUCUUGAACUAUUUGAGCGGCGGUGGCAAAGACCCUUUCCCAAGGAGCAACAAGAACGUUUCAGAUAUUUUCUACCUUGAAAUCACUCCUGCAGGCUGGGCUUUCUCGAUUUGGGGUCUGAUCUACACCCUAAACGGUGGCUACAUUAUCUACGCUUUGUCGACGUUAUUCCGCGAUUUUCCAGCCGUAUUUACAAGCAAAUUUUUCCUGGCUUGCAUAGCUAGUGAUGCCUUCAACAUUGCUUGGCUGUUCACGUUCGCUUAUUUGGAAAUUGGCUGGAGUUGUGGCGCGAUAAUCGCUUAUGCAUUGGGACUCUAUGCAGUUUUUGGUGUAGUGUCCUACAAUUAUGAAUCUCACAAGAAAGAACUGCUGACUCGGUUCAGUAAAGAUGUUUGGGCCAUACGAAUAUUAGCACAAAACGGUAAGUAAUUCAUGUGAUUUUACGUCAUCAUGCACGAAAUUGCGUGGGUCGUGGAUAGUGCGUCGUGAGUAGAAAAUUUAAAUUUUAAAUUUCGUUGCGAAUUACUGAGCAAUCGAAUUACUGACCCACGACGCACGCUAAAUAGACAAUCUCCUUAAACCUAGUUUCCAUUUGGUCCAGGGGCGUAAAUGUGGGGGGUUCCCCAAAGAAAUGAUCCAGUCGGUCUCAAACUAAGUGCAGUCGGUCUCAAAAUUAUGCGUUUGUUUACAUGCAGUGCUUUGCGAAGCAAAUUAAAUAUUUUCGAAACUCGAGAUAGACUCAAACUAUUGAGUAUUGAGUUGUAAAUUUGCUCAAACGGAUCAAACAGCUCAGAAAUAAUAUGAAGAAAUAUUACGUACUUAUUUCGCGAGUUUAUGAACGAAUUAUCAGUCAAAACACGCGCAAAGGGAUGAAGUUUCCAUUUACUUUCCAAACAUGGAUCUAUAUGUCACGAUUACGUGUUGGCACUUUUAUUUGGAAUUUAGGUUCUGCAAGGUCAUUCACGGGUGAUAUUCUAUAUUAGCGAAAAUUUCAAACCCACAAAAUCAGACUCCAAAAUGCGACGAAUCUCGAUGAAAAUAGCUAACAUUAGUUACAAUAUUUCUCCGGUUCCUAAACUAUAUUUUUAAGAUGCAAAGUGCAACAACGAAUUUCUAGCCGAGUUAUAUUAGGAAGUAUGUUCACAUGUAACACGAUAUGCAUAUGCAUUUUGUUACCAAAGAGUUUUGUGCCUACUGCAAUCAAGAAAUUCGAUCAGUGAACGACGCACUGGUUUAUCUGAAAUCACGGAGCGAAAACUUGUUUCCACUGACUAGGCGAUGUUUCCAAUUGUUGCUUACAGUCAAUGCUAUCAAUUUCCAUGCUUUGUACUCGAUUUAUUGCAACACACCAACUCACCAAGAGUCGGUCUGGAUUCGCAUUUCAGUGGUGGGUCGGUCUCAUUUCGUGAUUACACCCUCCCAGUCAAAAUCGAUAUGUCCGCCCCUGAUUCGGUCGUUAGUUGUCGCUGGCAGGACAAGUGGCUGAUGUAAUAGAGUGUCAACAAAAAACUCUGUAAUCAUUAAGACUGAUUUACAUAUAACACACAAAAAGACUAUUGAUAUUAGACUAUUUCACAUCUACCGCUUGUCGUGCCAGCGACAACUAACGACCAAAUGGAAACUAGGCUUUAGACCCCUUAGGCCUAGUUUCCAUUUGGUCGUUAGUUGUCGCUGGCACGACAAGCGGUAGAUGUGAAAUAGUCUAACAUAAUAAUAGUCUUUUUGGGUGUUAUAUGCAAAUCAGUCUUAAUGAUUGCAGAGUUUUAUAAAGUUUUGUUGACACUCUAUCACAUCAGCCACUUGUCGUGCCAGCGACAGCUAACGACCAAAUGGAAACUUGGCUUUAGCACUGAUCCUACAUGAAAUCUUUGGCAAACACUACGAGACAUAUGCUGUAAUUUCACACAAUUCUUUAUCUUAAACAAUAUUUUACUUACGAUAACAAUAUGCAAUUAGGUAAGUGAAUGAAUUAAGCAUGCGUGAUAGGCAUUGGUGUCAAAAAAUGAAAGUUUUAUGCACGGCUAGCUACAGGCUGGCCCAGCUAGUAUGAACAGUCUCUGAACAUUAUCAAUUUAUAUUCCCACCCCUCAAGCACUAAACAGCCUUUCGUUUUAUUAAUUUGUAUAUUAUUAUAGGCGCCAUGAUGAAUGCCACUUGGGUAUCGAUUGCGUCACUGCUUAACGUCGCCAUGGUGAUGCACUACAAAUGGGACGUGGACCUAUCAUCAUCUUGCAACAUUGUUCUAGCAAUCCUUUUGGUCGAACUUGUAAUUUGGUUCAGUUUGGAAAACUUCAGCAAGAUCCAGAGCCCCCUUAACUACAGUUAUACUGACUGGCCAGUUGUCCUGUGGGCGCUUUCCGCAAGUCUUGCCAAGAAUUAUGAUCCUGACCUGACAAGUUCGAAGUUCGCUUUGGCGCUGUUAAUUAUUUCGGCUAUUGCAUUUAUUGUUAGAAUUGCUCUACAGAUUGUUAGAAAUCACACAUCCUCUUAUACCAACGUAUAA